AUGUCAUCACUAGUACCCCACAUAAGUCCAUUGGCAUAUAACAGUUCAUACAUUCCAGGUGAAAGUUUGUUAACUUUUACCUCUAUCUAUGGCGAUGGCACAGACAUUACAUUUAAUCAAAUGCAAGAUUUGGUAAAUAAAAAAAUGAGACAGGCUAUUAUGUUUGGUGUAAGAUGUGGUGCAGCUACAUUAACUAUUAUUAUAAUGUGGAUGAUAUCAAAGAGGAAACAUACACCUAUUUUCAUUAUUAACCAGGUUUCCUUAUUCCUUAUCGUCAUUCAUUCUGGUUUAUAUUUCAAAUAUUUACUGUCAUCAAUCUCAUCUUUAGCAUAUUCACUAACGGGGUUUCAUCAGGUAGUUUCAAGAUAUGAUAUAUAUGUGUAUGGUGCAGCAUCAAUUUUUCAGGUAUUAUUGGUUGCUUCAAUUGAGUUGUCGUUGGUAUUUCAAGUUAAAAUUAUGUUUGCAGGGAUCACCCAAAAGAAAGUAGGAUAUUUAGCUCUAUUAAUAUCCGGCUGUUUAGGUAUUACCACAGUAGCUGUUUACUUCACAACCGCUAUUAAAAGUAUGAUAUCGGUAUACCAGGGAGUUAAUACUGAUUACGCUAAAUACUUUAAUAUAGCUACUAUUUUGUUAUCUUCAUCGAUUAAUUUUAUGACGUUUAUCUUAGUGGUAAAAUUAUUAUUUGCCUUAAGAUCAAGAAGAUUCCUCGGUCUCAAACAAUUUGAUAGUUUACAUAUCCUGUUAAUUAUGACCUGUCAAUCAUUGUUGAUUCCAUCUGUUCUGUUUAUUCUGGCUUAUAGUUUAGAUGCCAAUAGUGGUACAGACGUAUUAACAACCGUAGCUACUUUAUUGGUUGUAUUAUCCUUGCCACUUUCUUCCUUAUGGGCAACUUCAAAUAAUAAUGUUUCGAAUACUAAGCCAAUGGAAUCAGAUUAUUCUCCAGAAGAAGGUGGAUUUUAUCCAAAUUUCAACAAUAAUGGUCGUUGGGGUGCUGAGAGUGUUAAUUCUGAAAAUAAAUAUAGUUUCAAAUCGAGUACGAAAUAUUCCAGUGAUACUUUAACAUCUAAUGUACAUAUGGGAUCAUUUGAUCUUGAAAAUAAUAGUAGUUCAUCAGAGGGAUCUCAACAAGAAAAAUGCUCAGAUAGACACUAUAGUAAUGUUUAUGAUGAUACUGAAAAGACUCCUGUGACUGUUAAAGAGAAAAGUUUAACAAAAAAUAUUACCGAGACAACAGAGUGUUCAUUAGAUAUUUAUACUCCUGACACCCUUACUGAUGAGGCAACACGCAAUUAUUGGUUAAGUGAUUCACAUAACUUGAAUGAGUGA